GCGAGAAACCAUUGCUGCUGCUGCUGCUCACUACCGCCGCCGCGCAUCAGCAAAGUGCAGCGAGAGGACUCACUACAACACGUCUCCAAACCGGGGAGAUACUGUACUGCGAGUGGACAGACUGUACCCAAGUGUCUGCUGGAGAUUAAAUAGUUAAAAACGCGAUUAUUAAAAGCGCAGAAGGCAGUUUGGAUAGCGUCACGUUCGCUUUUCUCUGGCGGAUGUUUUGGUCCGGAGUGAUGGCUCUUGUUUUUUGAAGUGUACGUUUCUAUAGCGCUGGCAGGUUCCUCCCCCCUCGAAACUCAACUAAAACUCUUCCCUUGAGCUCAGUAAAGGAUAUUUUCACCCGUGGAUUUGACCAAAACCGAGUCUGGCCAAUGAGAAAUGCCUAGUUGAAAUGUUGCGAUGGAUCGGCGUGGGAGAGAGAAGACAAGGAUCAAACCAAACUGGAAAUUUUCACCUAAACGCAAAAGUGGGAUUUUAAUACUCUAAUUUGUCCUUUUUUUGGUGGCACAUUCACAAACUCUUUCACCAUGAGCUGCAGCACUGAACUAGAGGCCGAUGUUUAGCCGGCUAGCAGCUGCAGCGAGUGGAGUCACGUAUCCACAGAGCACCCCGUUCGCUCACCGUCCCACCCAAUUGUUGGUGGACCCCACAAACCAAUGGCAUGGGCCAAGUUCUUCAGGAAGCCGGGGGGCAACCUGGGGAAGUCCUACCAGCCAGGAAGCAUGCUGUCUCUGGCCCCCACCAAAGGACUGCUGAACGAGCCCGGCCAGAACAGCUGCUUCCUCAACAGCGCUGUACAGGUGCUAUGGCAACUGGACAUCUUCAGGCGCAGCUUGAGACAGUUACCUGGACACUUUUGUCUUGGAGAAUCCUGCAUAUUUUGUGCAUUAAAGGGCAUCUUCUCCCAGUUCCAGCACAGUAGGGAGCGUGCCCUUCCCUCUGACAACCUGCGCGUCGCCUUGGCAGAGACCUUUAAGGAUGAGCACCGCUUCCAGCUGGGCUUCAUGGAUGACGCUGCCGAGUGCUUUGAGAUCAUACUGGAGAGGAUCCACAUGCAUAUAGUGCCUGAGGAGGAGAAUGCCUGCACUUCAAAGUCUUGUAUCACGCAUCAGAAGUUUGCUAUGUCCCUUUAUGAGCAGGUCGUGUGUCACAGCUGUGGGGCCACGUCAGACCCGCUCCCAUUCACAGAGCUCGUCCAUUACGUCUCCACCACUGCUUUAUGUCAACAGUUGCAUCGGCGUCAUGUGGAUUCGUUCGGGGAAUUGUUGCAAGCAGCGAGUACAAUGGGAGACUACCGAAACUGUCCGAACAACUGCGGACAGAAGAUUAAAAUCAGGCGUGUCCUCAUGAACUGCCCUGAGAUCGUCAUCAUUGGCCUCAUCUGGGAUUCAGAGCAAUCGGACCAAAGUCAAGAGGUCAUCUACUCACUGGGACCUCUCCUUAAUCUCUCCAAGCUCUUCUCGCGAGUGACAGACGAGCAGGCUAAAAAGGGAGAGCUGCUUCUGGUGGGGAUGAUCUGUUUCUACAGCCGUCACUACUGUGCCUUCGCCUUCCACACUAAGUCUUCCAAGUGGGUCUUCUUUGACGACGCCACUGUGAAAGAGAUCGGCUCCAGGUGGAAAGACGUGGUCAGCAAAUGUGUGAAAGGUCACUUCCAGCCUCUGCUGCUGUUUUACUCCAAUCCUGAUGGAAGUGCAAUUAUUGCGGAGAACAGCGACCACUAUAAGAGCUCUGUCAACGGGGAUGUACAUGGUUCAGAAUCGCCAGUUCCUCCUCCGAAAAAACUGGAGUUGACGAGAGAAAACCUGAACGCGUUUUUGAGUCAAGGAGCGCUGAUUCAGAAGUCUAACUCCACUUUGAGCCGAGCCAGUGGACAAACCAGCGGACAGCACAGCAACUACACGAGCGGCCAUAACGGUAACCACGGCAGCGAUGCAAGAGGGCCAGUGAAACUGGAUAAGCUGAGGGAGAUUUCUCGUGAAGCGGCCUACCGAGCAGGAGAGGUUCAGGCGAUGCACACGUCCAGAAGAGAGGCGGAGAGGAGCGCGCCGCGGAGGCCGGACUCUCGACACAGAGACAACGGCAAUGACCGAAUCUACUCCCGCUCCGCCUCCCCUCCUGAAAACGGCUUCAAGCAGCACAUGGAGACAAGGCUUUACGCAAGUCAAGGCAAAGGUCCCAUCCGGGCGGAACGCACUGCCCACCUGGUACAUGCCCCUCACGAAACCCAACGCGCACAAACACGGGUCCAAGUGCUGCCUAGCAACAACAGUAACCACCGCCCAAGGACCGACCAGCUCUCCAACGGCUACGACACGGACUCCAGCCAGGAUUCCAGGGAACGCCCGGGCAGUCGCAGCAGGUCCGGUCGCCCCUGGAAACCAAUGCGCGAGGCUCUCAAUGUGGACAGCGUUCUGAGUAGCAACAACGCGAGCCAAGAGAGGAGGCAGCACAGUCCCAGGAGGCGACCGAACAGCCAGUCCCCGACCCGCGACAGAGAAAGAGAUCGGGAUUUUAUAUGGCAAGGGAGAGAGGGCAGAGAGGAACGCAAACCCAAGUCCCUCAUGACUAUUUAUGAAGAUGACAUGAAACACGAGACGGGGGGCAGUCGGAGCUCGCUGGACUCGGACAGCAGAGGAGGGCACAGCGAUAGGUCCAGGAGUUCGGCUACGCUAAAAGUACGCAAUGAUAACUGGAAGAUGCAGAGGACGGAGUCUGGCUACGAGAGCAGUGACCGCCUGAGCAAUGGGUCGGCCAAUCUGGACUCUCCUGUAGUUGAGAAUCAUUCCUCCAAGGACCUGCGAACUAUACCAGAACUUCACUUGUCCAGAGAUAGCUUCCUUCAGAGGAGAAGUGAAGACGUCACUUCUACAGUUUCUCAAGGUGAAGAUGAAAGAAAAUCCCCACAUUCGCAGGAGGAAAUAAACCACACGAGACAGCGGAUGCAGAGACGUCAAGCUUUCCGAUACACUCCUGGUAUUUUGGAGAGGGUGAAUGACAGUGAGCGUGAGGACAACGUGGACAGUCCCGUGAGCCCGUGCCCCCCUUAUCUGGCCAAGACCAGCAGCUCCGAGUGGAACAGCUCGGACGACCUCACCCAAGAGGAGCCCAACCCUCUCCUGGACCACUUUCCCCCAAACUACCAGCCACCUUUACCCCCAAAACCACUGGGCACCGCUCGCUCCAACCUCACGGGCAUCCCCACCCACCCCCCCGUCGAGAUUCCACGAAAUGGCUUCACCCACACCACCCUGAGCCGCUGGAUAGAGACCCCGGCGGAGCAUCGCCUCUCGUCGGACGCUAGCUCCAAAUCGUCGGAUCAAGACAGGAACGAUUUGUCGGCGAGCGAAACUGAGAGUCUGACCACGGGCGGCCAUGACGGUACAGACUCCCCCACCCUCAGCGACCGGGUGCUCCCCACUACCUAUUUUUCUGUGGACAACUGUAUGACAGACACUUACCGCGCCAAAUAUCACAAGAAGUCUACGGCUUAUUUGAAAGCGGAAGAGCACACGUCGUCGGGGGAGAGUGACAUUGAAGGGAGGGGCUUGUCUGUGCCAGAUGUUAAAACACUGGACUCGAGGAACAGAGCAGAACCUGUCUAUACUACAAAAACUAUUCUAAAGUGGAACCCCGUCACUCACAAAGGACUGGACGAGCACGGUUUCCUAUGAUCGAUGUGGAACGUUCUUUUUCCACUGGAUGCCAAAUGAAAUUGUUCUACACUGAAACGGGCACAUUGUAUUGUUCUUUAUCUGUGUUUGUCUGGUUGAAGGUUAUACGAGGAAGCGGAUGCCAAAGAGAUCGCGGUUGUACAUGCUGUCGCCGUUUGCUCGGAGCUACUAAUGACUAUGAAUGAAUAAUGAGUUUGCACAUUUGAUUCAGCAGAGGUACAGAAAAACGCAUGCUUUAUUUUGCUGACAAUGUUCGAGAUGCCUGAGGUUUUUUUUUGUUGAAGAAUGGCAAAGAAUGUAACACAAAAGCCACUUAAAUUCAAGAGAUUGCAUAACCGUACUUAAAACGAACCAGGUUUUCAGCUUUCUCCUGUUUCCGUCUUUUGUGUGUUCCCCCGUCAGCGUCUUGUGCACCUGUCUUUCCGAGGGUUUUGAAUGUCCAAUAAUGCAGUCCUAAUACGAGCACUCAAGGCACAAAUUGAAUAAAAACAAGACAAAAACGUUCAAUAUUAAAAGAGAAAAUUUACAAAGUCUUAACACUAAUUCUGUUGCCACCAUGUUAAUAAUUAAAGUAAAAGCUUUACUCUUAGUCUUAAAAUUACUGUUUAAAAAGAUGCACUUCUUACUCUUUAAUGUUUGGUUUUAUUCUGAGCAAAUCUAUUAAAUCUCUACCCGGGUUAAAUCAAAUCUGCACUGCUAACAAAUGCAUUUGAAGAUUGUGGUCCAGAAUAAUGUGAUGUCAAUCUCUGUAGCGUCUCUUUUGGUUGGUAAUGUUUUAUAUACGCAGCAGAAUUUAUACGCAGUGCCUUUUGUACUUUUCUAUGUCCGGACAAGAUAAAGUUGGAGGCAGGAUUUGUAAAGUUCUUUCAUUUAAGAUAUUUUUUCUAAUAUUUUAUUUUAUUUUUAUUGUUGAAUAAAAAGAUCUUGUUUAACCU